UUACUUUUUUCUUCCAUUGUCAGAACAAAUUGCUCAGGAAUAUCAUAUGUUUAGGUGAGAGCGAAAUCAUACGCAUUUUGCGUGUGCACAAAAAGGGUCCACUUGCAGAGGGUAGUUAUUAUUCUCUUGUUUGUUGCUUCAAAGAUUCCCCGUGACGAUAGCCGUUUCAGUGGCCACUUUUUAUCGAUAAAGAAGAAGCAACGAAACUAGUUACAAAGGUGGUGCAACGUAGAUGAGACGGCAGCAGCAGCAUCAUCGUCAUCAUCAUCAUCCCUUCCGAGUUAACAUAAAUCAAGAUGGCAGGGCCCAUCGACACUAGGAAACGUUCUCGCGAGGAAGAACAGAAUGAAUUUAUGCCCCUGUCGAAACGCAUCAACAAUCUGCAUCUUAACAACAACCAGAACAGUAUUGCGGCAGGCGUCGUACUGCCGGAGCAGAUCGGCGGCGCUGGUGGGCCCCACGAUCAUCAGCUGCUUGGGGCGGUCGGUUCGUGCGGAAUGAACAUGCACAACAAUCACCACCAUCAUCAUCAUCACCUGCAUCCGCAACACCUCAUGGGAGUUAUGGCCGGUGCCAACUCGAGCAGCAGCAAUAGUAGUAGCAGCAAUGGCAGCAGUAACGGAUCGUUUCCAAUUCCGGCCAACAGUGGAAGCAACAGUCCCGCGUCGACCAUUUCAAUUAACGGCGAAAUCCUGGGCGAUUACUGUCCCGUGCUGAGCGCGGAGGAAAAUCCACACUACUUCACUAAAAAUAAGAUCCUGUACGAGCUGUACGUCGAGCGGAUGAGCCGACUGCAGUGAAUUCCCACCAAAAGAAGAACCAUCGUAGGGGUGUUUAAUUCUUAAUGCGUUAACUACAGAUUUUCAUACCUUUUUUUAUACUUUCUCGAACAAGCUUAUUUCUGCUAAUUAUAUUUAGUAUUUAACAUUGAUCGUGCGAGAUCUGCUGAUGAGUUCUGUGUAAGGUUGAAUUGUGGGUUUUGUGUGGCGAUUGGCGGAUGUAAGCAAGCUUGGGUCCGAAGACCACCAGAUUAGCCUUAAAGAGCAACAGAGAGAAAGGGAGCGAAUUUUGAAGCAAAAGAUUCUAAAUAAAAUCAAAAGUCCAACAAC